CGCCAACCGUGCUGCUGGAUCCAUCGUCGUGACGGUGAUGUUCGUAGGAAUCGUACGCGUAGGUCCGUUCUUCUCUACCCGUCCGAUUCAGUUAUGCAAAUAGUCGAAUGUUUGCAGCGAUUAUUUUCUGGGGUGUACACGUUGAAUCCUAGUUACUAGUAGAUCCUGUACGGCUAAAGAUACUAUGGAGAACGACGUUAAAGAUGAACUGAAACAGCCAGACGAAAAUCGGGGUCCGUUGACUUUGGACUCACUUCUAAAACAAAUAGACGAACUGCAAUCAGAGAAAAAAGAGUUUGGCUUGCAACGUGCCAAAAUGAAGGGGUUUUUACUACAAAAAGAAGAGGAACUCAAGCAUAUGUCUAGUAUUUCGGCUGAAUUGAAGAGGUUACAAAAUGAAUUAGACGAGUCCCAGAGCCAGCACACUGUAACUAAGCUAGAAAUGGAAGGCAAGUUUGAAGAACAAACUCGGAAGUAUAACGAGGAAAUUUCAUCAUUGCAUAAAGUCCUUGCUGAAACUUUGGAAGAAUCCAGGAGGCGUGAAAAUGAAACUAAAAUGUAUAAAACAAUGAACGAAAAAUUGGAAAACGAGUUGAAAAAUUGCCGCAAUCAAAUGUUGAUUGGCCAGCAAGGAAACAAUAUUCUGGGUGAUUCAACUCCACAACAAAUACUUAAUGUCCCAGGCACUGUUCUUUCUGCUAUUGCUAGAAAAAUGACUAAUUUAACUUCUAGCAUUGAAUCUGAUGACUACAGAAAAUCUCAAGAUGAUGAAGAUAACGUUUAUAAAGCUCUUGUUGAUCCAUUGAAAGAAGAAGUUGAAGCCUUGAAAGAAAAAAUUAGAGAAAUGGACACUGAUAUCAAUUGCUAUAAAACAAAAUUAUCUGAGUCAAAAGAAAAUAUUGUGAAACUCACUGCUAAUAAUUCUCAAGAAGAAUCAUCUAAUUCUUCAGCAACUGGUGAUUUUGUCUUCCUAAAUUCUUCAACUGGCGAAAAUAAUAUGGUAAAAUGUGAACAAUGUUCCUUGUACAAAACCCGUGUGAAUGAAAUGCAAGAACAAUUAAAUGAAGCAGAUAAACGUCUUCAUUCUAUGGACAAGAUCAAGGAUGAACAUGAUAAAGAAACUAUUUAUCGUAAGCAGAUGGAAGAAAAAUGGAAUGAAAAAUUAGAAGAACAUAAAAAUAAGGUACAAGAACUAAAGAGUUUCUCUGACCAUUCGCAUGAAGUACUGAGUGAUCUUAAAAUGCAAUAUGAACAGACAGUCAUAGAUUUUCAAAAUGAAUUAAAACUUUGUACAGAAAAUGGUGCUAAAAUGAAGCAGCAUAUAUUAAAACUUGAAGAAGAAAAUCAUAAUUUCAAAGAGAAACACAUGAAAUUCUCUGUGCAGUUACAAAAUGAAGAAAUUAAUUUACCCAGUUCAAUAGUGGAACUUCAAGAGUAUUUGUUAAAACGUAACGAAGAACUUAUAGCCAUGUCCAUAGUAAAAGAAUCCAUUGAAGAAGAAAUUAAUAGAAUAAAAAAUAGCGCUGCUAUUUAUGAGAGCCAAGUGCAAGGACUGAAUUCAUCAGUAUCUUUUCUAGAAAAACAAUUAUUGGAAGAAAGAAGUCGUUUUUCUGAGGAAAUAAAAAAUACAAAUCGAUGCGAAAAAGAAUUGAUCAGCUGUCGCACUCAACUGGAUAAUGUUACUAAAAGAAAGACUGAAUUAGAAUCUAUGGUUCUUGAACAGCGAAAUAAAAUUGUUGCUUUACAAACUGACCUUACCAAUAGUGAAGAAGUGCAACGUGAUUUUGUUCGAUUAUCCCAGUCGCUUCAACAAGAACUUGAACGUAUACGAGAAUCUGGAACAUCGGUGCGAUGGGAACAUGAAGAAGAUAUUACUGACUGUCGUGAUUGUAGUGCUGUUUUUUCUGAUCCUAGGAUUCGAAAAGACCAUUGUCGACAUUGUGGUAGAAUAUUUUGCCCAUCAUGUUUGUCUAGAACUGUAAAAAGUGGACCAAAUAUGAGAGAUUCUCAUGUUUGUCGAGUUUGUCACACUUUAUUAGUUCGUGAUUCAGCACCGUAUUUUAGCACUGAACCACCUCAUCAGUUUAACUAAAAAAAAAAAAAAACCCCAAAAUAAACGUU